AUGGUUGCACCCAUCACCCUUGAGACACAGCAUCUUGCCCAGUCAAUUGCUGCCAUCCCAAAUCAAGAACUUGAUACUUGCAACCUUACACGCAACGGAACGAAAAGAGAUGAAGACGAAAUUCCAGUCUCUGAACCAGCAAGGCUGAGCUCCAUUCAAACUACGAUUAUCAUGACCUGCCUCUGUGCUUGCGUCUUUGUUGCUGCCCUCGACAUUACCAUAGUUGCGAAUGCCCUACCCACUAUCACCAAUAAUUUUGGCUCCGCUUCGGGAUACACCUGGAUUGGCAGUUCAUAUGUCCUUGCCCACGCCAGCACGACGCCGCUGUGGGGGAAGGUCUCUGACAUCUGGGGCAGGAAGCCCAUUUUGCUGCUUGUCCUCGCGAUUUUCUUUGCUGGCUCAUCGCUCUGUUCGUUUGUCGAGACUCUACCCCCAUUCCUUGCUGGACGCGCUGUGCAGGGUAUCGGUGCCGCGGGGCUUCAAAAUCUGGUAAACAUCUGCAUUAGCGACCUGUUUUCAUUACGCGACCGUGGUCUAUACUUUGGCCUGACGUCUGUCACUUGGGCAUUUGCGGCUGGGAUUGGACCUGUCCUAGGAGGUGUUUUCUCUCAAGAAACGACCUGGCGCUGGUGUUUCUAUCUGAACCUGCCAAUAACUGGAUCGGUAUUCCUGCUGCUUGUUUUCAACCUCAAAUUGCAAACUCCAAGAACGCCAAUUUGGAGCGGCCUUAAGGCCAUCGACUGGUCUGGUGCAUCAUUAGUUCUGGGUGGCACUUUGAUGCUCUUACUUGGCCUUACUUUCGGAGGCAACUCUUACCAAUGGAAGUCCGCCACUGUCAUCUGCCUCAUUUGCUUUGGGUCGACCACCUGGGGCUUGGUUAUGCUGAACGAAAAGUAUAUUGCCACGAGACCUAUCAUGCCUCCAAGGCUAUUUCGGACAUGGUCAAGCACAGCAAGUUUCGUCGUCUGUUUCUGCCACGGCUUUGUCUUUCUUGGUAUCGCUUAUUAUCUACCGCUUUACUUUCAAGCUGUCAUUGGGUCAGAUCCUGUACUAUCCGGGGUAUACUUGUUGCCAUACGUCUUGAGUAUCAGCUUCACGGCCGCCAUUACUGGCAUCUCCAUCCAACGAACGGGAAAGUACAUAUACUCCGUAUACCUUGGCUCGGCAAUCAUGAUCCUUGGUGUUGGCCUCCUUGUGGACCUUGACUACGAGGUGAAUUGGGUCAAACUGAUCCUCUACCAGCUAGUUGCUGGGAUUGGAGUCGGCCUCAACCUCGAGGGCCCGCUGCUCGCUGUCCAGGCAGCGAUCAACAUCGAAGACAUCGCCAUCGGGACUACAACCUUCGGAUUCAUGAGAACGAUGUCAUCGGCCAUCUCGAUAAGCGUGGGGGGUGUCGUCUACGCAAAUAUCAUGAACCGACACGUUGAGCAACUAGUCGCUGUCUUGGGUCUUAACCUUGCCGAGCAACUGCUCGGUGGCCAGGGCGCUGCUCAUGUCGAACUCAUCAAGUCUCUAACCCCUGACCAAAGAACGGUGGUGAGAAAAGCAAUGGCGCAGUCUUUGAGGGCCACUUGGAUCAUGUAUGUUGCAUUUGCUGGGCUUGGGGCUGUUGCUGGGGCUUUUGUGCCCGUCCACCCCCUGAGCAGUGAGCGAAAAGCUGUGGUUCUGGGUUUGAAGGUCAAUGAAAGCCCAGACGUAGCCAUUGAGCCAGGUCAAAGAGCGGUAGUAUCGAAGAAUAUGUCUAUGACACUCGCCGGUGAUAGGCCUCUGACCGCAUGA